UAUGGUCAUGCGUUGUUACCAGGAGAGGGAGCUGCUAUGGCUGCGUAUAUCGCGGAAGGUAAACGUAUACCCAGAAGAGGUGAAAUUGGGCUAGAGAGUAAUGAAAUUGAACAGUUUGAGAAUAUGGGAUACGUAAUGAGUGGAAGCAGACAUCGAAGAAUGGAAGCUGUGCGUCUACGAAAAGAAAACCAGAUUUAUUCAGCUGACGAGAAACGAGCGCUGGCUAACUUCAAUCACGAAGAACGGGCAAAAAGAGAGACGAAGAUCUUGUCACAAUUUCGUGAAAUGGUUUCGCGGAAAACUCAAAAUCAAGAUUGA